AUGAACACUAUUACAGACUCGGAUGAUUACACCACUGAUGAAGGGAAAAGAAAAAGGGGUGAUACGGAAGAAAUUUUUAAGAAAAGUAAAAAAUUGAGUAAAUCCCCAAUCAAAGUGGUGCAAUCGAAGGAAGAUAUUAUGACACAAAUGAUGGGGCUUCUAACAACUACGGAUGUUAAGAAAAUUAAACAAAACCAGGCAGAAUGUGGAAAAGAUGUGAAUGCAUUGUAUGAGGAAAUAAAACAACUGAGAAAAGAACAAAAUGAAUACAAAAAAGAGGUAAACAUUCUUAGAGAGGAAAACGAACAGGUAAAGAAAGAAGUGGAACAGUUAAGACAGAAAAUCACCAUAUCUAAGGGUAUAAUAGAGAAAACGGAAAGUGAAAAAAAGAAGAAAAAACAUUGUUAUACAAGGAUAUCGCUUACAUAUGGCAAAACAGCAAAUUUGCGAGAAAAGAUGGUGAGCUUUAUUGGAGAAAAAUUAAAAGUAGCAGUAACAGUCAGUGGAACCAGAAAGUUAUCAGAAAAGGUGUAG